ACAAUUCUAUAGAUACAAAUGGAAAAGGAGAUGUUAUACGUAUUUUUAAAAAAGAAAAUAAGCAAGACUUUAAUAAUCGAAUAUUUGAUAUUGAAUUUAAUAAAAGAACAACUUUAGAACAGGCUAAAGAAGUUACUACAAAUUUAGGAGCUGCUGGAACAAUAUUAUAUGAUUCUGCAACAAGAUUGUAUUAUUGGAGACAAAAUUGGACAAAUAAAAUAAAUAAAUAUUCUACUACUAAAAAUAUUGAUGAUAUUAUUAAUCAAAUUAUAAUUAAUAUUCUUAAAUCAAAGCCUAGAGAACGAGUAAUAGCUUUUUCAACUGGAAAACAAAAAACUAAUUUAUUUACUAAUAAACUUGAAAUUGAUAAUGAACAACUUCAAAUUCAACAAAAUUAUCAAGAAUCAUUAAACAACAAAAUACAAAAACUUGAUGAUUUUAAUUAUACAAAUGAUGUCAAAUUAGAUAUUGAAGAGGAAGAACUUUAUAAACAAUUUGUAUAUGAAAAUAAAAACAAUUCAUUAUAUCAAGGCUUGA